UUAUUUAUCGUUUAUCUCCAUUCCCCGCCCCCCCCCGCGUCUCUCUCUCUUCGAUCGACCAACCACCACAGACCGACCGCACCACGGCAUUCCUCUCUCCCCCUCCGACCAAUCGCACCACCGCAAGCCCUUGGAACUCAUCUCUGUAGAGCCCGAUUGGAUACCACUAGCACCACCGACCUACGCGACGAGUCACCACUGGAACAUUACCAGCAACCAUUCCGGGUAAGAAAUUUCUGAAAUCGAAAAGAGUUUUCAAAGUUUUAAUUUCACUUUUUGAAGUUCUGAUUGCAGUUCUCAAUUACCUCUAUGGUUCUAUUCUGAUUACAGAUUGUGAAGAGAGUUGGCUAAAUCUGGGUUCUCCUCUAUGGUUCUAUUUUGAAAUUUCUGAUUUGUUGAUUGGCUUUUUGUUUCCUACUGAUUCUGUAUAUUGCGCAGAAACAUAUAUACACACGUACGUACCGAUAGAGGCAGGGAGAAAUGGCGGAUCGGUUAACGCGCAUAGCCAUCGUCAGCUCCGAUCGAUGCAAGCCCAAAAAGUGUCGCCAGGAGUGCAAAAAGAGCUGUCCUGUUGUCAAGACCGGUAAACUGUGUAUUGAGGUCAGUCCUCAAUCUAAAAUUGCUUACAUCUCUGAGGAGUUGUGCAUUGGAUGCGGUAUCUGUGUCAAGAAAUGCCCAUUUGAAGCUAUUCAAAUUAUCAACCUACCGAAAGAUCUGGAUAAAGACACAACUCACCGUUAUGGGCCCAACACCUUUAAAUUACACAGGUUACCAGUCCCGAGGCCAGGGCAAGUUCUUGGCUUGGUUGGCACAAAUGGAAUUGGGAAGUCGACUGCCCUUAAAGUUUUGGCUGGGAAGCUGAAACCUAAUUUAGGCCGUUUCAAGAAUCCUCCAGAUUGGCAAGAAAUCCUGACAUAUUUUCGGGGGUCUGAGUUGCAGAAUUAUUUCACUCGUAUUUUGGAAGAUAAUUUGAAGGCGAUCAUUAAACCCCAGUAUGUUGAUCACAUCCCAAAAGCAGUGCAAGGCAAUGUAGGGCAAGUGCUCGAACAGAAAGAUGAAAGAGAGAUGAAAGAACGACUUUGCGUUGAUCUUGAACUGAAUCAGGUACUGGAUCGUAACGUAGGGGAUUUGUCUGGUGGAGAGCUUCAGAGAUUCGCUAUUGCUGUCGUUGCCAUACAGAAUGCAGAGAUAUACAUGUUUGAUGAACCCUCGAGUUACCUUGAUGUAAAACAGAGGCUUAAAGCUGCCCAAGUUGUUCGAUCUCUGCUAAGGCCUAACAGUUAUGUAAUCGUCGUGGAGCAUGACCUCAGUGUCCUAGAUUACUUGUCGGACUUCAUUUGCUGUCUUUAUGGGAAGCCUGGUGCAUAUGGGGUUGUUACCCUUCCUUUUUCUGUCAGAGAAGGAAUUAAUAUAUUUUUGGCGGGAUUUGUCCCCACAGAAAAUCUGCGGUUUCGCGAUGAAUCUCUUACUUUUAAGGUUGCUGAAACUCCGCAAGAAAGUGCUGAGGAGAUUGAAACAUAUGCACGUUAUAGGUACCCGACGAUGACCAAGACUCAGGGAAACUUUAGGCUUCGAGUGGUGGAGGGUGAGUUCACUGAUUCUCAAAUUAUUGUAAUGUUGGGUGAGAAUGGUACGGGGAAGACAACAUUCAUCCGCAUGCUGGCUGGUUUAUUGAAACCUGAUGUCAUAGAGGAUUCUGAUGUGGAGAUACCUGAGUUUAAUGUCUCCUACAAGCCCCAAAAGAUCAGUCCAAAGUUUCAACAUAGUGUUAGGCACUUGCUACAUCAAAAAAUACGUGAUUCCUAUAUGCAUCCCCAGUUUGUGUCCGACGUGAUGAAGCCUCUUCAGAUUGAGCAGUUAAUGGAUCAAGAAGUUGUGAAUCUUUCUGGUGGGGAGUUGCAAAGAGUUGCAUUAACUCUGUGCCUUGGAAAGCCUGCGGACAUUUAUCUGAUCGACGAACCUAGUGCAUAUCUUGACUCUGAGCAGCGUAUUGUUGCCUCAAAAGUUAUAAAGAGAUUCAUCCUCCAUGCGAAGAAGACUGCAUUUGUGGUGGAGCACGAUUUUAUUAUGGCAACUUAUCUGGCAGAUAGGGUCAUUGUGUACGAGGGGCAGGCAUCAGUAGAUUGUACUGCAAAUGCACCUCAGUCGCUCUUGACCGGGAUGAAUCUUUUCUUAUCUCAUUUGAACAUCACAUUUAGGCGGGACCCAACAAAUUAUCGCCCGAGAAUCAACAAACUGGAAUCUACCAAGGACAGGGAGCAAAAAUCUGCUGGAUCCUAUUAUUACCUGGAUGAUUGAUUAUGAACAGAUGAGUUUUUCCCUGUUGCAGUGUCUCUUUAUCGAAGUUAAAGGACAUCUAUGUCUGCCAGACAUCAUGGGCGCUUGGAAUUCGGUUUUUGAUUGAGAAAGAGGUGAGGCCCUUCUGCAUGAUAGUCAUCAUCGGGUGCGACGCAGAUGAGAAAGUUGGGAAUAAUUUAUUGAUUUCCAUUUAGUAUUUUUGUUUCUCCAUGUUAUGUGUUGUAUCACCGAUUUUGACCAUUUUGGGUGGGUGUCUGGUUCAUUGUUUGUACUAGUGUCUUUUUUUGGGAUAGCAUCAAUCAGAGUGUUUGACUAGAUUUAUGGAAAAUUCUAAUUUCAAAACUAGCAAGUUUUGGAA